AUGGAUGGAAACCAAAACAACAUGGAAGACAGCGGGUGUCAUUACGAUCUAAGCAGUUGGCACUACACUAUGAUUCCAGCGUACAUCCUGUUCAUCACUGCGCUGGGAAUUACCUUGAACUUGUUUGUGUUGAUGGUGUUGUGCCUCCAAAAGAAGGCCUGCACCAUGGCUGAGAUCUACUUGAGCAACCUGGCUGUCGCCGACCUCUGUCUGAUAUCUGUUUUUCCCAUUUUUACUAUGAUCUCAACAAAAAAAUUUAACCUGUACCUUAGUAAAGCCCUGUGUAAACUGAUCUCCUUUUUCCUCUCCAUGAAUGCCAACAGCAGCAUCAACAUGCUGGCUCUAGUUAGCAUUGACCGAUACAUGGCACUGGUGCACCCUCUGACUACUGAAAGAAUGCGGAGGCCAUUUUAUGCCAGACUGGCCUGUGUAGUGGUGUGGGGUGUAUGCGUUCUCCUGAAUGUCCCCAUGCUCAUGUAUACGGAUGUUAUACAUGACACUAGGAGAAAUUUUAGCACAUGUGACCUUAAUUUUCCAAGUCAAACUAUGCUUCUGGUGUAUGAAGGGAUCCAUAAAAAGGAGCACAAGGCCACCGUUCUGGUCCUGGUGGUCUUCUGUGUGUUUCUGAUCUGCUGGGUGCCUUUGUAUGUGGUUAGCAUACUAGAGCUGCUCAGUAGAGCUAACAUUCUGAAUGGACCUACCAGGACCUGA